AUGGCGACCAAACCAGUCAAGUCCCUCGAGUCCGAGGAGCAGCGUCUCCAUCGGAUCCGCAUCACCUUGAGCAGUCGGGAUGUCCGGGCUCUGGAGAAAGUCUGCUCGGAUUUGGUAAGCGGUGCCAAGGAGAAGGAGCUGAAAGUAGCUGGCCCAAUCCGCCUGCCGACGAAGAUCCUCCGACUGAUGGUGCGCAAGUCUCCAUGCGGAGAAGGCACGAACACCUUCGACCGAUGGGAGAUGCGAAUCCACAAGCGCCUGAUUGACUUGCACUCGCCCUCGGACGUCGUGAAGCAGAUCACGUCGAUCUCCAUUGAGCCUGGCGUCGAAGUUGAGGUGACCAUUGCUGACCUGUGA